GUGAGCAGAGCCCAGGAAUGCCUUAUGUGGAUCGGCAGAACCGAAUCUGUGGGUUUCUGGACAUCGAGGAGAAUGAAAACAGUGGCAAGUUUCUACGGAGGUACUUCAUUCUGGACACCCAGGCCAACUACCUUCUCUGGUACAUGGACAACCCCCAGAAUCUGGCAAUUGGGGCAGGAGCUGUUGGAUCUUUGCAGCUGACCUACAUCUCGAAGGUGAGCAUAGCCACCCCAAAGCAGAAACCAAAGACACCGUUUUGCUUUGUCAUCAAUGCCCUCUCUCAGAGGUAUUUUCUUCAAGCCAAUGACCAGAAAGAUCUGAAGGACUGGGUUGAAGCCCUGAAUCAAGCCAGCAAAAUCACUGUACCCAAAGUUGGGAACGUGCCCCUGACGACUGAAGUUCUCAAAAGCCUAGCAGUUCCCCCUGCCCUAGAGAAGAAGCCACAGGUGGCCUAUAAGACAGAGAUCAUCGGAGGGGUGGUGGUCCACACGCCCAUCAACCAGAAUGGUGGGGAUGGGCAGGAAGGGAGUGAGCCAGGGUCCCAUGCCAUCCUUCGGAGGUCUCAGAGUUACAUCCCCACGACAGGCUGCCGCGCACCCACUGGGCCACCCCUCAUUAAGAGCGGCUACUGUGUGAAGCAAGGGAAUGUGCGGAAGAGCUGGAAACGUCGCUUCUUCGCACUCGAUGACUUUACCAUCUGCUACUUCAAGUGUGAGCAGGAUCGAGAACCCCUGCGUACUAUAUUUCUCAAGGAUGUCCUUAAGACACAUGAGUGUCUGGUCAAAUCUGGUGAUCUCUUAAUGAGGGACAACCUGUUUGAAAUCAUUACAAGCUCCAGGACCUUCUACGUACAGGCGGACAGUCCAGAAGACAUGCACAGCUGGAUUAAGGAGAUCAGGGCAGCUGUUCAGGCCCUCAAGUGCCACCCCAGAGAAAUGUCCUUUUCGAGAUCCAUUUCUUUGACUCGCUCUGGAAACUCCAGCCUCUCGGGUGGGCCGAACUCUGUCUUCUGCAGAGGCCGGCCACCUGUGGAAGAGAAGAGAGCCCUGUGCAAAGCCCCCUCUGUGGCUUCCUCCUGGCAACCCUGGACACCUGUCCCCCAGGCUGGGGGAAAGCUACAUCCAGCUGAAGAGACUCCUGAGGACUCUUUGUUCACGUCUCGACUUGGGGAGAGCAAUACCUCGGGGGUAUUGCCCAGCUCCCGGAUAAGGCACCGAUCGGAGCCCCAGCACCCCAAGGAGAAACCAUUUAUGUUCAACCUUGAUGAUGAGAACAUACGGACUUCUGAUGUGUGAUGAGGCACAGUGCCCAGGGAGGGAGGGGUGGGAGGACUGAAGAAAAGGUGGCCAAGACUCAGUUUCUCUGUCUGUUGGAGGAUAGUCAGAGGCCUUUAUGCGGCUUAUGUUCCUGUGGAUGCUCUAUGGGAGGGGCCCAUCCAGCUGGCCUUUAAAAAAAAUAUAUCAGUGCAGUGUAUUUAAUUUGGGAAAAUCACUAGGUUAGACCUGUAGGCAUGCUCAGUAGAGAGGUUGCCUCUUGUUCGACUGUUGCGAGGUUGUUCUGAUGAGAGGAGGUUGGAAGUCCGUUUUCAGCCCAAACCAAGUUUUAGUUGCUUCCCUUUGUUUUCAGGACAGGCACAGAAUCUUAGGCCGGUCAUCUGGUUUUAUCCUAUUCCUGUUUAUUGUCUGGGCUGAAGUUUGACUGUGAAGCAGAAGGGUGGUGACUGACCCACCUGAAUGGGGGGCGGGGAGGGCUGGCGGAAGACCCAGGCUUCGCUCAACUGGGAUUCAUUCUGAGGGCAAGUGUGAGAAUCUGGGGGCUGAUCUACCAGGGUAGAUCCCCACAGGGGACCUCCACAGAGGAAGAAAUAGGGACCUCUUGUAAGAAAUGGGAAAUGAUUCAUUGAGUACAUCAGUCAACUUUGGGAAUUAUUCUGUUCUCAUUUAUAUGUUCUUUGACCCCAAAUGCUGUCAGUGUGAGUGACAGACCUGCCCACUUGGUUUCCGUGUCCGGCCCCAAGGAUGGUUUUAUCAGUGUUAAAUGGUAUGACUGUUGAGAGCAGAAUGGACAUUUCCCUUGAUAUGGUAUUAGUUUGAAUGUUUGGGGGAUUGAUACUUGUAUGAUAAUUCACUUGUGUGAUAGAUCAGACCUCUGUUUUAGAGUUUUAGGUUUGCUUUGAAGCAGGUACUGGGAAGAGAUGGAUUAGAGUUCAUCCAGCUAAGUUUUUCUGAUCCAUGUUUUCCAGACAGAAGGAAAGGUCUGUUUUAGCAAAGACAGAUUUUCUUGAACCCUUGCCUCACAGCUCUUUCUCAGUGGGCCAAUAGUAGUCUAAGUUUAAGUGCUGUAACAUCGUAUACCCUGGCAGACUCGCUUUCUUUCUGUUCUUUGUGCUGUCCUUUGAAUGAAGCCUUAUGUACUUGCAUGAUCCCGCCUUGUAAUCUGAUAGGGUUCCAUGUACUUAAGAGCAGAGAGAUACAAAGAUAAUCUUGACAGAUAUUUAUAUUUUUAAUAAAAUAGAAACUGCAUAGAAACACUGAUUUAGAGGCUAUGCAUCGCUGACUAGAGAUGUCCCAGGGAGAGGAGCAUAGGUUGCAUUCCCCAGUCAAAUUUCAGGAUGUACCUUCUUCCAUUUGGCAAAAGGAGACUAUUUCUAGGGUCCCUGGGAGGAUUUGUCUAUCCAACUUAUAUGGUGAACUGCUACCAGGACCUUAUUAGGGUCCCACUUUUAUUAGCUAGAUCAAUUAAUUACAUCGUUAAAUUAAAAAAUGACUUGGUUUGGGAAUUAUUUAUUUGUGAGUGGUCGAGGUUACAACAUACUUCAAGUAGCCUGCUUUCAAGAAGUCAUUCCAAAUUCUUAAAGCUCUCUGUCUCUGGUUUCAUCUUCCAGUUUUCCCUAAGAAAAUUAUUUGGCUAGGUCAAAGAAAGUACACAAUAAGUGAUAUUGAAUUAAUGAAAAUAAAUUAGGGACUUUUGAGAUCUCUUUAAACAUUCCCUAACUCAUGGAAAGUUGCCAUCUUUUGGUGUUUAAAUUAUAAAAAUCUACCCAUUUGUCUCUCUCUUUUUAAAAUUAAACUCUCUGCUAGAUUACUACUGCUACAUUAAUUGGCCAUUGUAAUAAGCUGAUAUGUUUCUUAUUCAGUAUGGUCUAUUUUGAGAAUGUGUUAAAUUAAACAUACUUAUAAAUCCAAAUUGUAUCAUUAUGAUGGGGGAAAACAAGGACUGUAGUUGGCAAUUACUUGGGAAUUCCAAGUUAGAGCAUUGUUAAUGUAGUUCCAACACCAGAUAAAUAUAAUUAUCUUCAAUGAAGCCUGAAAGCAUUCUCAUUCCCAAACCUUAUUUCAGAAUUCCUUUUGUGACCAUAUUUCUUACCUUCUGGCCAAUGUCACAUCACAGCCUUUUGAUGUCACUACAUAUGUGAGCCAAAGAUGGUGCAUGUACGACUAUAGCAUUUGGUUUUAAAUGUAUAAAAUGGAACCAAGUGGAAAAAGUAGGGUGGGGAUGCGCUAUAGGUUAGUAGUUUAGUGCAUAAGCUCUGGAAUAAAUCUAGGUUUAAAAAAAUAAAAGGAACUCAAAAUGGUACUGCAUUUUCUUUGUGGCAUAAAAACCUCUGAGUUGUGCUGUUUUUAUAAGACUUUGGACGGGGUCUUGACCCACUAUAUGUAACAGUAUUUCAGGUGGUCUUCCCUAUAGCUGAACUAUUUACCAUCCACUCUUAUUGAAAGCUUAUGGAUUUGCUCUCUCAAGUCGUUGAAGGUUGGUAAACAUAGUCGGGCCUGUUGCAUACUCUAGGACAUCAUAAACACAUCGAGCAGUGACCUCAGGUCAAAAUGUUGGAAUUACACAUCUGUUUCUGGGUAGAAUGCUGGAAGAUUCCCAUGAGAAAGAGUAGAUUUAAGGUCCAUCUUUGUAGCUCACUUGAAGCAAAAGCUUUCCCCCCCCCUUCCUGAGUAUAACUGCUCUGACAUAGGCUAAAAGGACCCAAUAAAUAAAUAGCAGGUUCAGCAGUGGAGCAGUGGCAUUUGAUGUUCAUUUUCACUGUGAACCUGCUAAACAGGCAUAUGGAGGUAACAAUGUUUUGGAAAUGGAGUUUCCCAAAUCAGCUUCAUUUAUAAACUUUGAACGUGUUGGAAAUGGACAGGAUUAUUAAAUUUUUUGACCGACAUCACGUUUCCCCUUAUUCCCUUUUCUCUCUGUGUUGCCUGCUAGUCACUCCUCCCAGGUUAGGUAGAGUCCCUUUCCCCACUGCCUAGGAAGGUGCAUGACUUUGUGUUUUGAACCAGUAUGUUUCAGCUGUGAAAUGCUCUCUCUGUAGCCACUGAGCUGAGUGCAUGGGAACUGUCGUGCUUCUCAUUUUAUGUGAUCUCUGAAUUGUUAUGUAGCAAAAGAUAAUUUUCUAAAACUGUUUUGUUGCUUGUUUUGUAAUAAAACCACGUGAAAUACUGAAA